AUGCGGAUAAGACGGUCAAACCUAGACCAAGUUCAUAUAGAGCUAUCAGAAUUCAUCAAAUGGGUACUAGAUAUGGGAAAUGUGCAUAUUCCAGCAACAACAAAAGAAGGCGAGGUUGAACCGACAUGGAUAGAAAUACCCGUGGACUUACUUAGAAAUGGAGACGAUCCUAUUGUUGCAUUGGUGGAAGAGGUUCCAAAGGCUCAGGUUUUUGAGAGGAUAUCUGUGUUUUUCUGUAAUGUUCUUCGUGAUAGCAGUUGUUCUCAUAGAGUGAUAAAUACUGAUAAAGAUGCGAGUGUCCAGUUUCUUGCUUUAUUCAGCAUAUCAGCUUCCUCUCCAACUUUUUUUCUUGUUUAUACAAAAAGGGAUAGCAGAAGUGAAAUUGUAUAUGCAUGCUCAUUUGGCUGGUUUCUUGAAUCAACACAUUGCUGUAUGUUGAUGCAGGUCCAAGACGAGCUUGUUUCUUCCAUUAAAGAUGCAGAGGAAGGACUUUUUCACCUAAAACGUGCCCGGCUGUUACGUGAAGUUGAUUCAGCUGUGCAGGACUCUAUAUAUUCCCAUAAAGACGCUGCGGUCGAGCUUAUAAAUCCAGCAAAGUUGGGUGGUUCCCAACUUCCGUGCGAAGACUUAGAGGUAGAACCAUUAGAUUCUACUAAUGUUGAGGCAAAAAUAUUGGGAGACCCAAGUUAUUUUAUUGGAUCAAAAUGUAGAUUCCGCCACACCGAUGGGCGUUGGUAUAAUGGUCAAAUUGUUCAGUUGGAUGGUUCUUCUUCCGCCAGAGUUUCUUUCCUCAAUCCAACGUCAGAGAAGAUGAUGCAAAAUGUAGACCCCCGAGUUCAAGCUAGUGGGGAUAGGGCAGAAGCAAUGUCAUUAUCAUUCGAGUGACAGAUCGAAGGAGACUGAUCAUAAGACUCUACGAAGGCUUGCUCAGAACCGUGAGGCAGCAAGGAAAAGCCGGUUGAGGAAAAAAGUAAGACAUCUAAUUU